CUACCGGAGGAGUGGCCUUCACGAUCCCAGCCCAACAUGCGGAGUUUGUUUAUAACGUGUGGAACGCGACAAUGUGGAGUCAUCUCACGUCGCUUCUCUUUCUCAAACCCUGCGGCAGAUCGUUUCACCCUGUCACUGUAUCAGGAGCCCGUCUACGUUAGAUUUGGACUGGAAUAACUCAUCUUCAGAAAUCACUUUCAAGAAAUAAAGAGUCUGAGCACCAUUAGAAAUUGCUGAGACGAUCCACUGGGUGCUGUACCAGAGACGACCACCGGUACUUAAAAAAAAAUGAUAACGAUGAGGGCCCUGGGGCCACGGAGGGCCUGUGUUCUGCUGGGUGUGUUCCUCCAACUGCUGUUGUUGCUACCAGACACCACCUCUACAGACUCCAUCGCUGCAACCUGGAACCAGAGCGGACCCCGACUAAAGCUCUCACACACAGACUUGCGUUUGAUGAACAGUUCCAGUGUCUUCUGGGACAGAGGAGUGAGUGGAGGUUACCAGUCUCUGCUGCUGGAUGAGGACCGUGGCUGGCUCCUGGUAGGGGGUAGAGACCACAUCUACCUUCUCCACUCGGACAGCCUGGCUCUUCCUACACGCACGAUUUACUGGCCAGCUGUGGAGGAACACGUCGAACACUGCAGAUUGGCAGGGAAGAACCUGUCGACUGACUGCGCCAACUACGUGCGUCUCCUCCAGCCCUUCAAUAAGACCCAUGUGUACGUCUGUGGCACCGGGGCCUACCACCCACAAUGCACCUACAUAGACCUGGGACACAGCACUGAGGAGCCGUUGUUCCGUCUGCAGAGCCAUGCUGUGGAGUCUGGCCGGGGGAAAUGUCCCUUUAGUCCACGGGAACCCUUCACCGCCAGGCUCACCGAUGGAGAUUUGUAUGCGGGGACGUCGGUGGAUUUUAUGGGUACCAACGCAGCUAUAUUCCGUACCUCUGUGCACAGCAGCAACCAGCACUAUAUACGCACUGAGGCCUACCAGGACCACUGGCUCAAUGAGCCAGAGUUUGUGGGUUCCUUCUCCAUUCCAGACACACAAAGUGUGGACGAUGACAAGGUUUACUUCUUCUUAAAGGAGACAGCUGUAGAGUCCAGCCAGUGGGACAAGAGGGUUUACAGUAGAGUGGCACGCAUCUGCAAGAAUGACGUCGGAGGGAAGAGGAGUCUGAUUAACCGCUGGAGUACCUUCCUCAAGGCCCGUCUGGUGUGUUCUGUACCAGGACCAGCUGGACUGGACACACAGUUUGAUGAGCUCGAGGAUAUCUUCAUUCUGGAGACCAAAGACGACCAGAACCCUGUCAUCUACGGAGUUUUCUCAACCUCCAGGGCUGCAGUGACCCCAGGGGUUAUUGAGGGGUCAGGGGUGGAGAGGCCCGGCUGGUCCUUGAAUGAACCUUUAAUUGUCAUUUUCCUUCGCCAGUGUCCCAGCGAAACGUAUGACCCCCUCCACAAGUCUACUCGUGACUUCCCUGAUGACGUAGUGAGCUUCAUGAGGGGUCACCAGCUGAUGUGGGAACCCAUCCUUCCAAUCACCCGCCGGCCUGUCUUCACCCGCGUCAAUGUGCCCUACACCCUACGAAGGGUAGUAGUGGACAGGGUGGAUGCUGAGGAUGGGCAGUAUGACGUCCUACACCUGGGCACAGAUGAUGGCAAGGUGCUGAAAGUGGUGUCUGUCCCCAAAGACAACUGGGAGACUGAGGAGAUCAUUCUGGAGGAGCUGAUCGUCUUUCAGACUCAGGCCCCCAUCCUUAACAUGGAGCUGUCUACCAAAAGACAACAGGUGUAUGUGAGCAGUGAUGAGGGAGUGGUCCAGUUACCACUGCAGCGGUGUCAGCUGUACGGUAGAGACUGUGCUGACUGCUGUCUGGCCAGAGACCCUUACUGUGCCUGGGAUGGGAACACAUGCAACCGAUACUUCCCCAGCAACAAGAGGCGAGCUCGGCGCCAGGACGUGAAACACGGGGAUCCGAUGAGCCAGUGUUACGACGCAGAAGACGGUUCUGAGUCGGUGGAGGUGAAGACGGUAUACGGAGUGGAGAGUAACUCAACCUUCCUAGAGUGUGUACCCAAGUCCCAGCUAGCUACAGUCAAGUGGACAGUACAGCCACCACAUGUUCACACCAGCAGAGAGAUGCUCCAGAGCGAGGAUCGUAUGGUCCACAUGAAGCGGGGUCUCCUGGUGCAGCGGCUGGAGCCAGGGGACGCUGGCCUCUACAGCUGUACCACCCUGGAGCACUCCUUCUCCCAGGUCCUGGCCCGCUAUAACCUCCAGGUCAUACCCCAGCAGAGCAUGACAGCAUCCCAGGCCAAGGCAGCUGAUCCUGGGGCUGGGGGAGCAGGACUGAGGUGGGGUCAUGGAGGUCCUGGGAGCCACGCCCAGAGCCACGCCCAGCUCUUCAGGAAUUAUAAGGACCUGCACAUGAUGGGCGCAGCUAGUAUGAGCAUGGACGAGUACUGUGAGCAGAUGUGGCACCGGGAGAAGAAGAGGCAGCAGAAGCUGCGUCAGCUCAAGUGGAAACAGACCCAGGUGGACAACCGCAAGGCCCGAGUGAGACGGCACGACUCCACUGAGGACAUCACAAUACAAUGACCUACGGACGGGGAUGGACAGAGCCUUUUGGUGUGCGUCUGAAAUGUCACUCUAGUUCCUAUAGAGUGCACUGCUUCGGACCAGGGUCCAUAAGCCUGAGGUAGUGCACUUUAAAGGGGAUAGAGGGCUAUUGUAGAUGUAGCUCUGGAGAUGAAGGGAAUGUAUGCAGCAAGACCUCAGUGGUGGUGCUGCACAUGAGCAGACCCUUUGCUUUGAACAGAUAUGCUUAAUAUUAUUAUCAGUCAGUUAACCUUUUUGUCCAUAGAAGUAUAAUUUUGAUAUAGAUGUUCUGGAUGUAUAUUCCUCCUGUAUUCUGUAUUCUGUGUAGACAGGAUCGUGAUCAUUCUUUUUAUUACCCGGACCGACCCGUUAAAGUCUAUUUAUUGCUCUCUGGACUGGUAGGUUUGUUUACUGAAUAAAAAGCAGGCCGGACCGUUCUCCGUCACACAUGUCGAGGGGAAAAACACUGUCCCAGAACUACAACCAUAGGUCUCCAAGAACUACAACCACAGUCGUCCAAGAACUACAACCACAGGUCUCCAAGAACUACAACCACAGUUGUCCCAGAACUACAACCACAGUUCUCCAAGAACUACAACCACAGUUGUCCCAGAACUACAACCACAGGUCUCCAAGAACUACAACCACAGUUGUCCCAGAACUACAACCACAUGUCUCCAAGAACUACAACCACAGGUCUCCAAGAACUACAACCACAGUUGUCCCAGAACUACAACCACAGUUCUCCAAGAACUACAACCACAGUUGUCCCAGACCUACAACCACAGUUGUCCCAGAACUACAACAACAGUUGUCCCAGAACUACAACCACAGUUGUCCCAGAACUACAACCACAGGUCUCCAAGAACUACAACCACAGUUGUCCAAGAACUACAACCACAGUUGUCCCAGAACUACAACCACAGUUGUCCCAGAACUACAACCACAGUUGUCCCAGAACUACAACCACAGGUCUCCAAGAACUACAACCACAGUUGUCCCAGAACUACAACCACAGUGGUGGUUGUAUAGUCAGUGUGUUAGACAGAGCUGUGGACAGUGUGAUGUGGUUGGUCCCUUCCAUUUUCCUCAGUGUCCCAUUCUAUGUCUUCAGACCCCCUCAGCAAUACAUGUUAACAUAUUUCCACUUACCAUAUUGUCAUGACAGCAUUGAAAUAUGCUGUAUGUAGAGUAUGUAAUGCAAUGUACAGCAUAUACAUUGAAAAUGUAUAUUGUAGGGUCACUCACCUGCGUUAUGGACUGUAUCUACCUUGACUUUUUUCAAACACAAAACUAUUAUUUUUAUUAAGACAAAUCUUUCAAUGUAAAGCAUUUGGUAGAUACUUUUUUGUGUGUGUUUGGUUUUCACUUGUUAAUCCAAACUCAGAAAUAGAACCGUACAGGUAAUUCAUUCAUACUGUACUCUAAAACCUAAAAUCGUUCUUUGGCUAUCCCCAUAGGAGAACCCUUUGUAGAACAUGGAAACAUGGAACCCAAAAGGGUUCUACCCUGGAACCCAAAAGGGUUCUAUCUAGUUCCGUAAAGGGUUCUAUAAAGGGUUUUCCUAUAUGGAUAGCCAAAGAACCAUUUUAGGUUCUGUAUAGCAAUUUUUUUUCCUAAGAUUGUACUCUAAUACACUUUGGACAUAAAAUCUGUGGAAUAACUCACAUAA